CCUCAUGCCCCCUUCUUAAGACCCACUCAUCGGGGGAAAGAGAAACUGGUGAGGGGCUCCUUGUACUCGGUCCUCUCUCUCUCUCCAUAAAAACAUUUCAAAACCCCCAAAAUCUCCCAUUUUGGCCUGCUAUUCCUGAAAAAUACCCGCUCCCUCUCUCCUGCCCCCUCCCUCUCCCCUGCGAGCCAAGAUGAGCGGUUCUUCUAGGAUCUCCAUUCCAAGCAGCGUCCGGAGGACGAUCCAGGACAUCAAGGAGAUUGCCGGGAGCUACAGCGACGAGGAGAUAUAUGGAAUGCUCAAGGAGUGCUCAAUGGAUCCCAACGAGACCGCACAUAAGCUCCUCCUCCAAGAUCCCUUUCAUGAGGUCAAGAGGAAGCGCGGCAGGAAAAAGGAGAACAGGGAGCCUGCUGAUUCUAGGUGGAGGCCAGGGUUGCAAGGGCGAGGGGGUAGGAGUGGUAGGGGAAAUCAUUCUUCUUGCCAUAUUUCUCAUGAUGUUGGAGGUGGAAGUAAUGUUGGUGUUGGAAAGGAAAAUGGUGUCAAUCAAGGCACAGAUAAGAGCAUCACAUCUUCAUCUUUGCCUACCACUCAUGACACAGGAAAUAAGUUCGCUGCCACUAUAUCAAGCUCUGUAGCUGGCCUGGAUAAUGGUUCCACCAGGAUGGAAUGCCAGAUUUUGGGACACGGAGGUACAUGCCAAAAUUCCGGUGGCAGUGUUAACACCUCAGUAGAGGAAUGUUCUACCACUGAAAUAAGUAAGAUGGCAACACAGCUACCGGGUGACAUAAAUAGUGUUUCUGCAUCUGGCCAAUCUAUACCUAAUUCUGACCAGUUUGUAUCAUCUAGAACAACAAUUGUAUCAAGAGUGUAUGCAUCAGCUUCAGACCCUGUGCUGGUGCAAUCUUGUGAUGCAUGCAUUCCAGGUGUUAUUGGUGCCAUCGGCUGUGAAGUUGGGGGUCAACGAACACCUGGAGUGACAGACAUCAACAGAGUUGCAUCUUGUGAUGUUGCUAGUUCUGAGUUGUCAUCUAUAAAUGGAAAGAAUUCUUCAGAAUUGGGCAAUUCUAACAAACAAGGAAGGACGCCAAGCAAAUCUAAUGGACUUGAUGUGAUCCAAAUUUCAUCACAAGAUGGAUCUUCCUCUUCUACCACUGUCUCUGUGGGCAGUAGGCCAUCUUCUAAUUACAGCAGCAGAUCACAGCCACUAAGUGGUCCUCAGAAAGCAGUUGGUCCUGCUAAGGAGUGGAAACCGAAACCAACGAGUGUGAAUUCUGCUCCGGCCUCUGGUUUGUCAAGCACUUCUGAAGUUCAAACUAUGUCAGCAGAAACUGUUGAUCCCUCACUACCUGCAUCAAGUUCUACCCCUUUCAAGAACACUACUUCGAAGCUGCAGGACAAGCUAGAGGAGCAGCAGUUUUCAGAAACCCAUGUUAUCAUUCCAAAUCAUCUUCAGGUUCCACAAUCUCAAAUAACUGGUCUGAGCUUUGGAAGUUUUGAUGCCAAUUUUGGGCUGACCAUGACUGAUAGCAACAAGAGCUCGACGCUGUUGUCUGAGUCGUCUCAGGAGGUUAAAGAGAAUGUUGAAGAGCCUUCUCCAACCUUUCACAAUGUGUCAACUACUCAAGAAGCAGAUUAUCCAGAUCAUCUGCAGCCACCAGCCCAGAUUGCAGAAAAUAUAUCAACCAAGGAGCCAGAAAUUUCCUCCAAUGUCCUUGCAGCACCCGAAAAUGAUCAACCAAAACCAGAAGCAAGUUUGGCCCCUGAAAGUCCUCAAUACUCGGUGGUUCAUACUGCACACACUUAUUCAAAUUUUGGACUGGUACCACCAACAGUGAGCAGCCAAUUUAGAACCGUUGAAGGUGCUGAACCUCAGUCACAUGAAGCCUCUCAUGUCUCGGGCUUUGUUGUGCAUCAACAUUUUGAUCCAUCUACAAGCUACUAUACACAAAUUUACCGACCUGCUGCUGAUGGUGAUGGUCGCUUCUCUCCAUUUCUUCCACCUGGUGCUGCUUCCAAAUUCAACGGAAGCAUUGCAAUCUUACAUCCUCAGACUGGCCAGUCUCAGCAGGAGAGUGGGAAUUCUUCUGUUCUGUCUUCAACAGAUCCGACCCUGCUUGUACCCCAAGCUGCUGGAGUUAUUCCGAGCUCUCUUGCCAUCAACCAACAACCAAUGCCUGUCUUUCGACAGCCUGCUGGUGUACACUUUUCUCAUUACCCUCCUAACUACUAUCCAUAUAGUCAGUAUUUCUCACCAUUCUAUGUUCCACCCCCAAGUCUUCACCAUUUUUUAAGCAACGCCGCAUUCCCCCAGCAACUUCCCACUGGAAGUAUGUAUCUGCCUCCAGCAGAUGCAGCUGCUGCAAAUCCUGUCAAGUAUUCACUCUCUCAACACAAGCCUCCAACUAACAACAGUAAUCCAAUCCAUACUGGAAUGCCAACUGGCUUCGGCAUACACAGUUCAAGUCCAGCCAGUUAUAGUCCCACUCCUGCUAUGACAUCUGGAAACUCAACUAGCAAUGAGGAUGGUUCCAUGCAGUCAAAAGAAAAUAAUGCCGACAUUGAUAGUCAACAGAGUGAAGUUCCAACUGUGUGGAUUCCCGCACCUGGGAGGGACGUAUCUAGUCUGCAGGCUAGUUCUUUCUACAGUCUCCCUCCUCAGGGACAGCAUGUGACAUUUGCACCAACACAGGCUGGCCAUGGCUCCUUCACUGGAAUCUACCAACCCACCCAGAUAGUAGCUGCUGGUUCUGUUCAUCCAUUGCUCCAGCAGUUUCAGGCCACAUCUGGAGCCAUUGAAGUGGCCGGCACUCCUGCAGGCAUAUAUCAGCGGCCACAACGUGCGCCGGUUAAUUGGGUCAAUAAUCAUUGAGAGCUAAAGAAAAUUUUCAUUUGCGGUAGCCAGUGAUGCAAGAUAUUUGACAUUUUGUUGGGAAUGAUGAAGGCUACUAUUGAUUUGAACAUAAAAUCAUGAUUUGCAGCAUGACGCGGCCUGCUAAGGAACUGUAUAUAUAUAAAGGUUGGCCAGGAACUUCUGAGACAUGCAAGUUUUAUCGGUUUUGGACUGCAUGAAACUGAUAGAGUUCACCCAUGAUUGAUGGUUGACCAAAUUUAAUUAAUGGAGAGGAGGUAUGUGCAGGUCCCUGUCUCCGCUGGCUGGUGCUUUUUACCUUGAUUGUUUUGCCUUUCAUUUUUCUAGUUAUUGUGGGUGGUGAAAAGUUUGGUUUUUCGUCCUUUUUCCCCCUUUCCUCAUAGUUUCCCAUUCUAUGCUUUUCUUGAGGCAUCAUAGAAACUUUGGAAGGUAAGAAAUUAAGUUGGUGGAUUUUCAUUCUUUCCCCUGACUUUCCUGUAAAGUAAAUUUUGAUGGUAAGAAAAUUUAUUACAACUGUUCUAUUUUGGUGUAAUAGAAACAGCAACAUAGCCCAUUUGUUUCUUGUUUUCAGAUUUGAAAGAGGCAUUUGGCUUCGUGGAACAUGGGGAACUUCACCUUUAAAUGCUUUCUUCUGGCUCCAAUAAUCAUGGAUGACUCUGUGCUAUCAUAAAGCAUUUGUGUUUGAGAUGCCUUAAUCUUCUGGAAUGAUCAUAACCUGAAUCUAAUAUAUGGAAUCUUUUUUUGUUUUAUUUUUUUUUAAAUUUGAUUAAUGUUUAUUUCUUCAACCUUGAGUAAAUAGCAUGGCCCUAUAAGAAAGCAACAGGUGAGUAUCCCUAAAAUUAUAAUUUAUAAUGUAUUGCCUGGACAUUGACAUAUCAUGUUGUACUCUUAAGCAGUAAGUACAAUCAUCUUCUUUACCUCUACAUUAUGUGGAAAAUUCUAUACAUGCAUAGCUUGGCAUAUGGGAAGGCUUUCCUGUUUUUCAGACGGAUGGUUUGGAGACAGUCGAAGAUCUCAGAGGAUGAGAGAUUGGGGGUGUUUAUCAGCUCUCCUCCUUUUAUCCUCCUUUAUUUGUAAAGUUUAUACCAAAACGAGAACUGUAAUUUGUGUCAUAUAUAUAUAUAUAUAUAUUUAAUAGCAUUUGAAACA